UCGCAUUGGAUUCGGACACGAUCGCAUUUUAAAAUCGUUACGCAAUCGGAUCGCAACGAGAACACUAAUCACGUUAACCCCUUCUUUUUAGGUGACUACGAUUUUCUGUGCUCUUUCUUAGCAGUGACAGUUAAAUAACGAAUCUGUGCUUCAAUCGACUUUCAAUGUGAUGCUAAUGCUCUUAGCAAAUUAAAUAAAAUUAAUGUGAUGAUGCCAAAAGCGCGUCCUAAAGAUGACAAUGACAGCUGCAACGCUAUCGCCCGCCUGAUCAAAGACCUCUGCAGCUGCUCCGAAAACGGAGCCUGGUCCCCCGAAAUGACCCCAGAUAAAAGAAAAGGGCCCUUUCUUAAAAGCGAACUAACAAACAUGUCUGCCAUGCGACGGAGAAUUAUGACUCUAGCCAAAAGAAAACAUAGAGAUGCUAUCCCUGAAACCCCGAAAUUAAGCAAAGACAAUCAUUUAGAAAAAAGUACUGACACGCUCACUUCAAAUCUAGUUAACACUACACUAAGCUCCCAAAAUAGUACUUUACGAAGGAACAUUGACAAUUUUCUUUUGUCCCGCCGAAUGUUCGCUCUAGAAGAAGACAUAUAUGAAAAACCAAUACAAAAUAGCUUGAAAAAUUCCUCUUGCGGCGAAAACUGGUCGCUUAGCAAAGCGUGGAAAAACAACAACACGGAUUUCUUCAAUCGAUCGCCUACCCUCGAUUCUCGUCUAAUCGAGCGCAACCGAGGCUACCUGGAACGGAUAGAUGAGGUGCCUCGUAAGAAGAAAAGAGAGAAAAAGAUUAAAGAGCAGCUGCGUUACGAUAGGAAUAUUAAACGUCACAUUCGGAUACGUGUGAUGCUGUCUUUGAGAAUGCGACGGUAUAUGAAGAAGCGUUUAAGGAAGCCUUAUAUACAGAAUACGAACAUACCUCCACGUCGGUUUCCCCGUGGAACGUCUCUGACGUCAAGUUUCGGGACUCGGUCAUAUAAGAGUGUGAUGACAGAUAAACUGGGGGAUGGGGCUGUGGUGUUCGACAUUCAUGAGGCUCGGAAUACGACUAUGGAGCUGUGCCACGACUAUGAAGAUGACCUCGACACGCUGGAGAUCGCUUUACGCGCCGGGAAUUUUAGGUAAAUAU